AUGCACAGCGGCGGAAGCACCCAUUCAACCAAUUCCGACGGCGGCGGAGACGACGGAAAUGGUGGCGGCGAUUGUCGUCAGCUCACACUCUGCCUCACAAGCAAUAAUAGCCUUCCUUCUCAGACUGAGGUAAGUAGCAGCAAUCCCCAAUCUGAUGAUCAGCAAGUUGUUGUAUUCGAUUUGUCGUCUCUUCCCGAAGGGCUUCUCCAAGAAAUCCUUGUAAGAUUGCCCCUCAAAUCGCUUUUUAGUUUCAAAUGUGUGUCAUCGGAGUGGAAAUCUAUGAUUUCCAGCCACUUUUUUUCUCGAUUGUAUGCGUCUCGGAAACUCAAUUUCCGAAUCAUGUAUCGGUACGUAUAUGUAUCGUAUUUUUGGGAAAUUGUGGAUCGCCUUAAUCAUGAAUCUCAUGCGUGCCCACCUGAGAAUUUCUCUGUUUUGUAUCUGUCUAAUACUCGAGAACACAGUUUCGGUCACCAAUUUAAGGUCUUGGCAGUGAGCAAAGGCUUGCUUUUGUGUUGCAUGUUGGCUCCUUUAACUUACUAUAUAGGUGACCCUGUAACCAAAGAAUGGGUUACUUUACCCAGACCCGAUUACCGUAGUAUCACUCGCCGCCGCCCCACAUAUGUGGGUGAGGGCUUCGUUCCUCUCGCUAAUGAGGAUAAUUUAGUCACUAGCUACAAGGUGAUUCGCAUCGAAUGGCACUCUACAGAGUCUGACGAUCUCCAGUUACAGACCCUUUAUUCAGAGACUGGUGAAUGGAGUGACUAUAACCUGUCUUGCCCUCAACGUGUUAAGUUGUUCAAACGCGGCAGCCCUUUUGUUUUUAAUGGGGCAAUGCAUUGGUUUGCUUAUGGAAAUCGAGUUGUAGCCUUUGAUCCUUACAAGGUUGAGGGAUGUAGACUGAUCGAUUUGCCCAAUUAUAGAGACAUUGAAAGUGAAAAUCAAUAUGAUGGAUCGUACCAUUUGUGCGAGGAGUGCCAAUGGAAGCUUAGGUAUUUUGAGGCAGCUCCGGAUAUCACGGAAUAUUUCUGUUUUAGUAUGUGGAUUAUGAGAGAUUAUGAAAGGGGAGAGUGGAAUUUAGUGCAUCGAGCUACGCGUAAUGAAAUUUGGUCAGAUGAUCCUUACUUACGUAGCUAUUUAUUGCAUGCUCAUUUCCUUCCGUUAUUGUAUCAUCCAUUUAAUUUGGAUGUCGUGUAUUUAAGAUGUGAGGAGAGAUCCUGUAUUGUCGCUUAUGACAUUAAAACAAAACGGUUGGAAGUUUCUUGUCAUCAGCCGGUAGACAGUGUUGAAGACCUCUCUUGGCGUGUGGUGAUUCCAUUUGUGCUCCCGACGUGGCCGACACCGCUCCCUAGACGAGCUAGGAGGGAAUGAAGCAAUCAAUGACUUGAGCUGCAGAGUGAUAUUGUAUUGUCACAUAAUAAUCCAGUCGGCAUUGUAGAAGUUGUUUCUUGGCGCGUGGUAAUGCCAUAUACCGACAACGUUCUCAACCCUUUCAGAUGGUGGUUAAGGUAAUAAUAAUCUGAAGAUGUGCCUUGCUUGUGCUAAUGCAAAGAUCUGCCGCUAGUCAGGCCAUUAUUCAUUGCAGGUGAGGGCAUGGAAUCAAGAUAUAUUAGAUCUAAAUGACAAGUGUCAUUGCGCAUGCAUCAUUGCAUCGAACUUUUUUGAAAUCUAUUGCAUGUUUUACCAGAAAUUUGUCUGUAUUAUAUUAGUACUUCGAGUGGCAUUUUAUGGACCAUUGCGUUUUUUCUUCUAGGGAUUGAUGAUUCUUUCAAGUUAAGCUUAUAUGCUUGUUUUAGGAAGCUGUUAACUUUGCAACCCAUAUAUAUAUAUAUAUAUGCAUUCACACUUUUGAGGGUAUGAGUUAACAUCCAUUUUAUCAUCAAGUCUACCAAACCUGCCCAUUUAACCCAAAAGUUUACCAAAAAUCUCACUUGGCUGCCAGCUGAAGUUGGGACCAAAAACAAAUAUUUUGAUACAGUGAGAUGGGAAAGAAAACCAAACUGAGUAGGUUGCCGGCCGAUCUUAGUUUUUGGUCCAUGUCACCAGUAACUACAAAUCAUCGCCUUUGUGGAGCCGGAGUGAGUUUUGGAGGAAAAUAUUGACCCAAACACUGAAUUUAUUACCCGCAUUAGAUUUUGGGAUGUAAAUUUCAAAAUUUUGUAUGAAACCUAAAACUUAAAUAUUUGAGUAUUUAGAAUGCUUUGUUGGUAGAAAAUAGUCAAGAUAGAGCUUUUCUAGUUCAGAUUUGAAUUUUUUUUUUUUCUUUUUCUCAAAACCAUCACUGAGUUGGAUUUCUCCCAAACAUUCAACGUGUUUCCUUUUCUUGUCAAAACUACACAUAACAUGAAAAUUUUUCUGCUCUCACUUUUUUGGUAUGUUUAGAGAAAAGAAAGUCUGCAUCCUCCACAGGACCAGUACGAUAAUCUCACUCAAGCUAUGACUAUGGUGACAUCAGUGCAAGCAGUUGGCAUACUUUUCUCUUCUCGUCUAUCCAUAUCCAUAGAGAUCGGUAACCUAAUUAUUCGACAUAUAAAUAGUGUUUGUUUUUUAUUUAUUUUUUAUUUUGCUUUUAAUAAUAGUGGCCUGCACUGAGAUGGCUGCCAAGUGGGAUUUCUGGUAAACUUUUAGGUAAAACAGGUGGGUUUGGUGGACUUAUUACCAUUUUAUUUAUCAUAUGUAGGAUCAUAUCUUGAAAAUCCAAGGAGUUUCUGACGAGGACGUUUGUUUGCACUAUUGUGUUUUUUCUAUAAGCGCAUAUGGAGAUCCGGAGACUAUUCAAAGGUAAUUUUUGUUAGUUGGUUCGUUGUUAUUGUGGUUCCCUAUGGGUAUAUCGUGAUUGCUUGAUUUUAUUGUUGACAUGACAACUAGGAACUUCACAACUCUUUACAGUUGUUGUUUCUUGUACCGAAUGAGAUGCCCAAAUUGCUUAAACAGGUAUAUAUUGGACGGAAAAAGCUUGAAUUCUACAUGAAGAUCCAAAUAAAGAAAGGAAAAGCUGGUGCUUCAAGAUUCUUUUUGCCCUGAACUUUGUCUCGUAAUUUAUAAUCUCGUUUUCCCCAAUGUUCUUUCCUUUUUUUUCUUAAGACUAGGAGCUAAAGAGAAGAUUGGUUGACUUGACAGUUAUUGGAACAUUUUAUUUCGUACUGUUGAAUGAAGCAUUGUAUCAAAAUUAUUUUUUGACUGAGCAUAAGGUUAAGAUUUAAUGUAUUAUUGUUGCAAGAGAAA